UCUCCAUUCAUACCGAAGACUCCAACGUUCAAUACUCCCUCCGACUACUCUCCGCUUGGAACUGUGUACCAACUGAGUCGCUCAAGUCCAGGAUCGGAUUUGGGAGUGCCUGUAACGCCACGUGAUGACGCUCGAACAAGGAGUCCAACUCUUCUGCGGGCACCGUCUGCAAUUAGCAGAGCGUUGUUUGCGAAAAUUGAGUUCAAACGAGUUUCAACUAAUGGACCCGAUAACAUGGAUUUGACUGGUGUGGCACCGCAGACAGAGUGCUGGAAGGAGACUUGGGAUUGCGCGUUUGAUGUGACGGAUAUUGGAAACGAUGACUCUGAGGAGGCUCCUGGGUCGGAAAUGUAUUCGGCUGAGGUUACGGAUGAAAUGGAUGCCGCUGGUAAGACGAGGAUGAAACGACGCACCCGCACUGAAAAGGAGCGAAUGGGCUUGGAGCGCAUGCAAAAUCCUCAUCACCGAGCUCGACAAAUGAAUAGCCUUGCUAGGAAGAUUGCUAUGGACGUCAAGCAGCGCACCUUCAUGCAUCAGGACGUAUGGCGUACCGUUGAACGCAUUGUGCUCGGCUCAGAUAAUAUGGAAACGCAGUUCGAUCGCCUCAAGACCGUACUAUUUCCAAAUCAUGCGGACGUGUUGGUCUUACUCUCAUUGCUAGCAGAUGAGGCGGUGUUGCCGCCGGAACUACUCACAAGUCCUCUUCGUCGAGCGUAUCACGGGGCUGUUCAGAUGUUAUUAGCCAUUGAAGCGUACUGUCAUGGCACUCGUUCUCGCAGUUCGAAUACACGAAGUCUCUUGAAAACUAUUGGCAGUAUGGGGCAAACGUUAAACGAGUCUGAGUUCUGCGAUCGUCUUGCCGACCUGCUUGGCAAUGAGCGGCCGUUGUGGAAUUACAUUCGUCAAUGGCUUCCGUUGGCAUAUGAUGAAAAGGUGACUCCGGCAGAUUUUGAAUUCAUUGAUCUUUGUAAACGUUCGGAUUCGGAUGUGCUUGAAGACCGUUGUGCGGAAUGCAUUGAUGAUCUGAAUGCAGUUCUUGGAACACUUCCUCCGAAGAGAGGUGGACCUCUACAGGUAACUGGUGGCCAGUUGAACUCCCUUCAGAAUGGUGUAUAUGUUCCUAUAGUAAUUUCUAAGGAGAAAGCUAUGAAAGAAAUCCCAGCAGCUGUCGAGACAGAAGUCCGUGAGCCAUCUUGGACUAAAGAAACCGAUAUGAUGAUCCUGAAGACUUACAAUGACGUGGAAGGAGGUGUCGAGGAUGUAGUGAAGGAAUUGGUGAGAAUGAUACCGUACUCCUUCGCAGAUAUAGAAAAAAGGCUGAAUUUCUUGAUUUCUCUAUUUUAA